AUUUUUCAUCAAUUCACGUGGUCCUUUUAUUACCAGUCGUUCCAAUUUGAGCGUCGUGAUUUGCUUACACAUUUCAGCCACUAAAACUUAAAUACAUCUGAGUAACAAAAAUAAUAUUAUGCAGCGUGUGUUUCAGUUGCCUUUCGGUAAAAAGGCUGUUGGGGAAGUAGAAGUUUUCCUGAGAACAAUGAGCAGCGUGGAGCGUCGUUGGAUGAAAAACAUCACAAAGUGCGAAAACAAAGUCCGCAAAUUCAUGAUGAUCGAGGAUCAGUGCCGUGAUCGUCUUAGACGUAACGUGCUUCGGGGCACACAUGCCAAUCUUAAAUACCUGGUUAAUACUGAUCUGAUUACCACCGCGCAGGUUGCUGCUCCCCCGCCGCCCGAAACGUUUCUGCUGUAUGGGAUUCCAUCUAACCAAAUAACAGCUUUUUCUGUGUAUGCCAUUUCACGCCUGUGGGCUGAUCCCGAUCGCGUUGAUUUGCCCCUUUUCACAUUAAUUGCAGAUUUUCAGAGUGCCUGGGCAAUCCUUCCCCCCUCUAAAAAAGCUGCCUAUGGUCAGCUUGCAAAGAUUUUUCGUGAACACGAGGCACACAGCCUCAUUGCAGCGACUGGCGCAGAUACGCAACAUCAGGAAGCGAAGCAAAUUCAAAAAGGAAGGAAGAAGUCUCUUGUCAAUUACCCAAUCCCUCAGAAUACGGUACCAUGCGAUUCUGGCUCCGUUAAUCCAAAGAAUCCUACUGGUGCAAAACUAUCGACUUCUGAAGAAGAUGCCUUUAAGCGUUUUGUGAAGCUAAGUAUGCAACAGAUGCGUGCUGCGUUGGGAGACAAGCAUUUCUUAAUCAAAGAAUGGGAGCCAAUUGCAAGAGUGGAAUGGGCGUCCAAGAGCGUGCGACAGAAGCAAUGUUAUCUGUGACAUUGUUUUUGCAUUCUAACUUUGAAGCCUGAAUGCUUAUGUGCGACGUUUUUUAUACGUGCCGAUGCAGUAA